UGGGGAGGGACAGCUCCGGUGCUGAUGUUGGAGCAGGUUAGCGAGCCCCGAGAGUGCUGAGCGUGGAGCGCUCGGACUGUGCGUGCUGGACUGGGCGCCCGGGUCAGCGUUGUCCUAGCCAGCGAAAAAGAACGUUUUACGGACAAUGAGACACGAAGCUCCCAUGCAGAUGGCUUCUUCUCAAGAUGCCAGGUAUGGCCAGAAAGACUCCUCUGAUCAGAACUUUGACUACAUGUUCAAACUGCUCAUCAUCGGCAAUAGCAGCGUGGGGAAAACAUCCUUCCUGUUCCGUUAUGCAGAUGACUCCUUUACAUCUGCAUUUGUCAGCACAGUGGGGAUUGACUUCAAAGUGAAAACUGUAUUCAAAAAUGAAAAGAGAAUCAAGCUUCAGAUUUGGGAUACAGCAGGCCAAGAAAGGUACAGGACUAUCACCACAGCCUACUAUCGUGGGGCCAUGGGCUUUAUCUUAAUGUAUGACAUCACAAAUGAAGAAUCCUUCAAUGCGGUACAGGAUUGGUCAACUCAAAUCAAAACAUAUUCUUGGGAUAAUGCCCAGGUUAUCCUGGUUGGGAACAAGUGUGACAUGGAAGAUGAGCGAGUCAUCUCAACUGAAAGAGGCCAACAUUUAGGGGAACAGCUUGGAUUUGAAUUUUUUGAAACAAGUGCCAAGGAUAACAUUAAUGUCAAGCAGACCUUUGAGCGUCUUGUGGAUAUCAUCUGUGAUAAAAUGUCAGAGAGUUUGGAGACCGACCCGGCCAUCACUGCCGCCAAGCAGAAUACAAGACUCAAGGAGACCCCACCACCACCGCAGCCCAACUGUGGUUGUUAAUAAUGUCCCCACAUGCUCAGGCAGCUCCGGAAGGCAUGCUUGCCAGCAAACAGCCUUUAUUAAGUGGUCGAUUGGCCUUCAUUAAUACUGCCUAAUAAUCAAGGGAAAUCUUUGAUGUCAAAGGCUCAUACAUGCAUUUCAAUUUGGGGGAUAUUUCCUGUGUUCAAUAAGUGACAAAUAUGUGAUCUUAAAUUCAUAAGGACUUUAACAUCUGGUAUUGCAUGUGAUUUGUUAUUUGUCUUUAGGCUCAUUUUCUUUUUAUGGUUUCAGGUUUUUGCUCAGAUUAAGCUACUGCUGGAACCUCCGAAUAUAAUUUUACUACUAAUUUUUGUGCCAUGGAUUCAAAUGACAUUAUUUAUUAUUGAGACAGUAACCACAAAAUUGCUUGUGAGCAGAAAUCUCAGGAGACACUAUCUGCUUUACUCUUAAUUGAAAACCAAGUUAAAAUAAUACUCAUUAUUAGGGAAAUUGUCUUGGAUCCAGCCAGUUUACCAAGGAGAGAUGUCUGUUUUAGUAACCAAGGAAAGCAUUGUGACUAAAGAAAUUGAAAUACCUUGUUUGAGGCAUUCUAUUUAUCAAGCUGGAAUUGGAUUUAAAUAAUGAAUUCCCUUUACCCAGGAGUGCUUUCCCCAUUCUACCCAGAAUUCUGAAUGUUUGAGGGUGUUAAUAGGCUGAAAGAUAUCUGCUGGGUGUUAAGAAGGGUAUAAAUAGCUAUAGAAUUCCAAGGCUGGUGCUUCCAUUUUAUUAAUAACUUGGCCCCUCAAAACAGACACA